AUGCCGCUCAUUACGACACCCAAAGGUCUCCGCUACUAUCGCUUCAGUGAUCGUACAAAGAGAAUCUGGCAGUACAGGCUGGAAAACGGGAACUGGGCGAGGCUGCCCAAGCCGGUCCGGAUCUCUGAAGGAUAUGACGACCAAUAUACCUUUGGCAUCAGCCACUUCGACGAUCCUCUGAAAACCCCAGUGGUCACCUUUCUUGCUAGCGGUCGACACGACUCCAUGCUCGAGUUCCAGUGGCCCAUCGACGAAAAUAUUGCCAGUAGAGUCACAGUCCCAGAAUGCGUCCAGAAACUGGCAAAGGGGGGCAUUUCGCCUGUCCUACUCGAUCCAUCACCAGCUCUUGAUGCCCCUCCCAGUGUAUGGGGGAAGCAAUGGGCGUUCCUGACGGGUGGUCCCAACAGGUUUCUGCCCGUGGAGCUUGAACGCGAUACGCCGGCUGGCUGUUGGGAGGCAAGAGAGGUGCGGGACAAGAAGCUAUUCGCGCCGACGAAAGUGGCUGCAUGUGUCAAUUUCGCUGGGUUACAUCUGUUUAUGCCUGGCAUUCAUGACGGGAGCUAUGGACUGAUGAAGGCUUCUCGGUCCUUGGACGGUGAAGAUUACACAGUCGACGUCUACCUCAAAAUCGACGAGGAAGCAGGCAUCAUCAUCGACUCAGCCUUGGUAGCAGCCUCCUGGAACGAAGAGCCUCGCGUUUUUGUCCUGACCAGCCAAAAGGAUAGCCCCGUUCGGCACGUACAGGAAUGCGUGUACGAUGUCGAGGAGAAAGCCGUGAAGCUCCGACAGCUGACCGAGUUUGACGGCUGGGCUGGGGUGGGCAUAGAGGGAAGAAAUGUCGUGGUAGCGUAUGAGGAUCGAGAUGAGUACGAGAUCGUAUUGAAGACGCUUGUCUGGGAUGAAGAGGAGGAGUGGUGUGAGGGGCCGGAUAUUGAUCGGUGGGAGGGGCCUGAUGGGAGUUUGUUGGGGAGGGAGGAAGAGUACAUGUAG